GUCGUUUACAACUCUGACAGUUAUCCAGCAUCGUAUAAACUUGCCCAGCACAAUCACAGAUGGGUUAGCAGCUAGUGCUCUGUCUUGGUUGCAACUCUUCGAGCUAUGUACAGAGAGUUUUGAAAAGCUUCGAACCUGUCACCCAUUAAAGUAAAGUCGUGAAAUUAAUUUUCACGGAUGAUUUAGCCAUUAUCUUAUUUUCAAUCAUUUAGCCAUUGUAUUAGGAGACCUCAAAUGUUGAGAUCAACGUCUAACUAAUGCUUACUAUUUUCCUAUGGCUAAUUACUUUUUUGCAAAGAAUGAAAUGGGAUAAUUGAAGGGGGUAUUCUGGUCAAAGAAAAUAUACUAGAAUUAGGGUUUUUGCGCCGCAGCCCCAUCAUUCAAAAAUUGCCUAGAGCUGUAUACUGAUUAUUGACUGUGCCAGAUGUUCUAUAUUUUGCAAACCUCAUCCCUACUUCUCAUUCCCCUGUUUUUCUCGGUUUCUUCUUCCUUUCCCAUCACUCCUCUGGAUUUACAUUACUUCCAUCUCUCGAUUGCUGUUUCGAAAGUUCUGUCUAUUUUAUUGCUCUCUCGAUAAGCAUUUCUUUAUCUUGGAGGCGGGCUUGUCUUUCUUUUACGUCUACGCAUGUCUCUGCUUUGCAUAUUAACUAAUCUCUGAACACUUUCUUCUUUAGUAUAUUAACCUUAGUGUAAUGAUGAUUAUGGAUUUGAACACGAAUGGGCAAGAGUCAGAGGAUAUGCACGAUACUCCACCAAGCAGGUGUAGCGAGCUCAAUAAAAGCUGUAUAGAUUGCCACACCACAAGAACACCAUGCUGGAGAAGUGGUCCAGCUGGUCCCAAGACUUUGUGCAAUGCCUGUGGGAUCAGAUAUAGGAAGAAGAGGAGGACUCUUCUUGGUUUGGACAAUGGAAGAGCAGAGAAGAGCAGAAGGAAGAUAGCUAAAAGCAGCAAAAGUAAGCUAGGAGUUCCCCUGAAGCUGGGAUUGGUGGUUGCUGGAAGGGAUAUAUUGUUGCAGGAAGAAUGGAAGAAGAAGCUGGGAGAGGAAGAACAAGCUGCCAUUCUCUUGAUGGCUUUAUCUGGUGGUUGUGUCUCUGCUUAGAACAAAAUCAUUCAAGAUUAGAGGAGAAGAAAAAAAAAAUCACCAAUUUUGAUGGAUAAUUGAAAGGUGGAAAAGCAAAGGAUAUGAAUCAAGAUAUGCAAUGAAUACAGAUAUAAUAUUUGUGCUUCCUUUUA